AUGACGGCCGUCGUCGCCCCAGCCGUCUUCAACGCCCCUCCACCCGACCCCCGCAACGCCUCCGUCGCCAGCUCAGGCGUCGGCAAGGCCCGCUAUCGUCCCGCCCCCGCAAAGACCUUCCAAUGUCGCGGUUACGGCGAGUGCAGGAUGGUGUUCAGCAGGAGUGAGCAUCUCGCCAGGCACAUCAGGAAGCACACCGGCGAGCGGCCCUUCAGUUGUCAUUGCAGCAAGCAGUUCUCCCGCCUCGACAACCUCCGCCAGCAUGCCCAGACCGUCCACGCAGACAAGCAGGACCUCAACGAGCGCAUGAUGCAGGAUCUCACCGCCCUUCACGCCAACAUGACCGCCGCGUCCAAGGGCAGCAGUUCUCGUGGCAAGCGCAACAAUACCUCCUCAAACACCUCUGGUGGCUCACCCACCUCCAGCGCGUCCCUCAACGCGUCCAUCCCCGCCAUGGCCGUCAAGACGGAGGAGGGUUCCCACGCUGUCCUCUCCAUGUCUCAGCGCCCGGGCACAUCUACCGGCUACGAGGGUUCGAAUACAUUUCUCCAGUCAGGCAGUUCUACAUGGCACAUCCAGACUUCCGACGUCGAUCGCCCCAACCAACGGCCGACCAACAGUCAUUCCUUUCGUGACCCCGGCCAGUCCUUUCGUGCCUCAGCCAACCCAUCAUCAGCUUCUCCCUCCGGCUCCGCUACUCUCUACCAGCAACAGCAACAGCACCACUCGGGCCAGUCCUUUCUC